CAGUCUUCUCGUCUAAGGACCAAGAAAGCUGUAGUGAAGAGCUGGAGCAACUUUAAGCCUAUUCAGAUAGAGAAGGAGAAAAACAACUUAACCUACUAUUAAUUAUACUUGAAUUCUUCAUAUUGAACUGCUCAUUGAUGCAAGACAGAAGCUGUGGCCAGGCAUUGCCUCUUUCUUUAAUGCUGAAGGAGACUUAUUCUCCAGAGAAAGGUAGCAGUAAGGGAUAUUCUGAGAGUAUGUCGGAAGCUUCAUCUUACCGUGACUUUUUAUGUGAUUCCCUGUCAGACACGCAGAAUGGUGAAUUUUCAAAUGAACUUUCUGCCUUCCUUACCCAGGAGGAGAUAAGUAAGAGCCUUGACAUAGCUCGAGAAGCCAUUGCCAAUUCCAUGGAGGAAGAUGAGAACACAGCUCCAGACUUUACUCAUUAUCUCAACACCUCUCUUUCUAGCCCUUCAGAAAACACUUCUUUCAGGGACACCGACCUGCAUGAGCAAGACACUUUACAGACACCUCAAGCAAGCAGUUGGACUUCAUCUGCUGCAAGUCAUGUUCUCCCAAGGAAUCAGGAAGAGCAAUCCACUGCACCUCAGACAGAGGAUAGUUUUGUCACAGUUUCUAGGAGACAAGCAAGCACCUCACCUUUUCUACCUGCUAGUCCCAGCUUUGUCAGAAGCCUGAAAUAUUCAGAGAAAGGUGGUCCAUGUAUGCCUAAGACAAGCCCAAACUCUGAAUCAACAUCCCAGGGGGAAGCUCCUUUCAGGAACAAGCUGUGUGACAAAGCUGCCACAUUCAUAGAGGAAUUAUCAUCUAUAUUUAGGCAGGCAGCAAAGACAAGAGGCCGUAGUCCUGAUGGGGACUCUUCUUCUCCGGACAGUGGAUACCUGUCUCCUAAUAAGAAACAACCAGUUUUAAGUACCUUGGUGAACCAGGAGUUUGACAAACCACAUCAAGAGACUGAGCCUGAGGAAAAAUUACCUGGAGUUCAUCUGAAUGAAAAAUACUAUUCUGGAAGGGGGAGCAUCAUGGAGAGCAAAAUGGUCCUGUGCCGUCCCUUCAUCAACAUGGAAGAGCAUGAACUUUCACCACCUCUAUUCACUCAGAAGCUCCGGAGCCAGGAAGUUGCUGAAGGAAACAAAGUAUUGCUGGAGUGCAGAGUUGCUGGCAACCCAGUCCCUGAUGUCAGAUGGUUCUGUGAAGGAAAAGAACUCCAGAAUUCCCCUGACAUUCAGAUCCAUUCUGAAAGUGGAGGACUUCAUUCACUAAUUAUAGUAGAAGCCUUUGAAGACGACACUGGACGCUAUACUUGUCUGGCUUCAAAUUCUUUUGGUUCAGAUAGCACAUCAGCUGAAAUAUUCAUUGAAGGUGCCAGUUCUACAGAUUCAGAGACUGAAAGUUUAAUUUUCAAAUUAAAAUCUGGAGCUAUGCCACAGGCCCAAAAGAAAACCACUUCUGUUUCCUUGACAAUAGGGUCUUCUACACCAAAAUCAGGAGUGACCACAGCUGUAAUUCAACCCAUCUCUGUGCCCAGUCAGCAGGUUCAAAGCCCUACUUCAUACCUGCACCAUCUGGAUGGACCCAAGCCUAUCUAUUCUGCACCUAUUUUUACAAAGGAGCUACAAAAUGCCACAGCAUCUGAAGGACAAGUCGUGGUAUUGGAAUGCAGGGUCAGAGGACCACCUCCCAUUCAUGUUAAGUGGUUUCGACAGGGCAUUGAAAUUCAAGAUUCUCCAGACUUCAGAAUUCUCCAAAAAAAGCCACGAUCUGCAACUGAACCUGAAGAGAUAUGUACACUUGUAAUAGCAGAAACUUUUCCUGAAGAUUCCGGAAUUUUCACCUGCACAGCAACAAAUGAACAUGGUUCAGUAACAAGCAGUGCACAGCUAACUGUCUGCUCAGCCAACUUGGAAUGCUCUAGCGAUGAUUUCCAUCAUUUCUCACCACUUCCUCCAGUUGAAAUUAGCUCCCUUGAGCUUCCUUCUAAGAAACAUACAGAUACCUACCCAGCAAACAACACUGAGUUGAGACCUGGUGUGCUAGACCUUCAACAACAGCUGAAUUCAUCUGAGGAAAAAUCAAAUGGCAUUCAUCCUCUUCAUGGAGUAAAUGGGAUGAUUAACAGCAAGCCAAACAGUGAUAAAUCCAUCCCAUCUCCUGCUGUCUUGCUUUCACCCACAAAGGAACCACCACCUGUGCUUGCCAAACCAAAGCUGGGAUUUCCCAAGAAAACAGGCAGAACUGCUAGGAUAGCAUCAGAUGAAGAGAUUCAAGGGUCAAAAGAUGCUGUAAUUCAGGAUCUGGAGAGAAAACUUCGCUUCAAAGAAGACCUUUUGAACAAUGGGCAACCGAGAUUGACAUAUGAGGAGAAAAUGGCUCGUCGAUUGCUGGGAGCAGACAGCGCUGCAACUGUCUUCAAUAUACAGGAACCAGAAGAAGAUCCUGCUAUACAGGAAUAUAAAGUCUCCAGCUUUGAGCAAAGGUUGAUCAGUGAAAUUGAAUACAGGCUGGAGAGAUCUCCUGUGGAAGAAUCAGAUGAUGAAGUGCAACAUGGAGAUGAACCUAUUGAUAACAGUAUGUCACCAUAUUUUGAGAUAAAGCUGAAGCACUACAAAAUCUUUGAGGGAAUGCCAGUCACAUUCACAUGCAAAGUGGCAGGAAAUCCAAAGCCAAAGAUUUAUUGGUUUAAAGAUGGGAAGCAAAUUUCUAAACGAAGUGAUCACUACCGAAUUCAAAGAGAACCUGAUGGAACUUGCUCACUGCAUACUGCAGCCUCCACCCUGGAUGAUGAUGGGAAUUACACUAUUAUGGCUGCUAACCCACAGGGCAGAGUAAGUUGCACAGGCAGGCUCAUGGUUCAAGCUGUAAAUCAAAGAGGCCGCAGUCCUUGGUCACCUUCAGGUCAGCCUCACAUAAGAAGACCACGAUCUCGAUCAAGGGACAGUGGUGAUGAAAAUGAACCAAUUCAGGAACGAUUCUUCCGGCCUCAUUUUCUGCAGGCUCCUGGAGACCUGACUGUUCAAGAAGGAAAACUAUGCAGGAUGGACUGCAAGGUUAGUGGAUUACCAACUCCAGACUUAAGCUGGCAACUUAACGGCAGACCAAUUCGCCCUGACAGCUCUCACAAAAUGUUGGUGCGUGAGAAUGGGGUGCACUCCUUGAUCAUAGAACCAGUCACAUCUAGAGAUGCUGGAAUCUACACGUGCAUUGCCAGCAAUCGAGCUGGUGAAAAUUCAUUCAGCCUGGAGCUCACUGUUGCAGCUAAGGAAGUACAAAAAGCACCUGUGUUUAUAGAGAAGCUACAAAACACAGGUGUGACUGAGGGAUUCCCAGUGCGACUGGAGUGCCGAAUCUCAGGGGAGCCAUCUCCUCAGAUAUUUUGGAAGAAAGAGAAUGAGUCACUCACAUACAACACUGACCGAGUGAGCAUGCACCAGGAUAACUACGGCUACAUUUGCCUGCUUAUUCAGGGAGCUACAAAGGAGGAUGCUGGCUGGUACACUGUUUCAGCUAAGAAUGAGGCUGGGAUUGUGUCUUGCACUGCCAGGUUGGAUGUUUAUACUCAGUGGCAACAACCCCCUCAGCAGACCAAGCCAAAGAAGGUGCGGCCCUCAGCCAGCCGAUACGCUGCUCUCUGUGACCAAGGACUAGACAUCAAAGCAGCUUUCCAGCCGGAAGCAAACCCAGUCCACCUGGCAAUGCAGCCUGGCCUGGUAGAGAGUGAUGAUCUGUAGAUUCAACUGCUGCUUCCACCAUUUUCUCUCAAAGCAGAAACACUGAAAGCCAUUGCCUUGACCAAUGAUACUCCUAUGUCACUUUAUGCAAGGGCAGACACCUUCAUGUACAAAAGAUAAACAACAAACACAGUAACCAUAUAUUCCUUAUUCAUUAUACCAAAUUAGAAGAAUAGAUAGAUUAUUAAUAGAAAUGUACACAUUGCACAACAAAUCACACUCACCAGUUCCUUUACCUAUGUUGCUUCAUAUUCCUUUUCAUAGAAGCCAAAAUGCAUCAGAUUCUUCACUACAUACCUUUGUAAGCAGUAGGUGGAUGCUACACAAUCUUAAUGGUGCAAGAUGUUUUCUUCAAGGGUUAUCAACAGUUCUAAAACGGCUACACAUUCUGACAGCUACAAUGAACAAGUGCAAUAUUUUAAGAAUAAACAGGAAGGGACAAGGAAAAGAAAUGUAAGCAAAUGCUGUAUCUCUGCAAACUGCUUUCUAUUCAACAAUGAAAAAAAAAAAACAACUUUCUGUCAAUGCUGUUUAUAUGGACAUCAACACCCUAACUUGCAAUUAAUUUGUGUUUUUCCUUUUUGCCAUCUUGGAGGAGGCUUAUUUACAAACAUGUAGCAGUGGAGUCUAAGCAGAAGUAAUUUUACUUCUGCAGGAUAACAAAGAGUUGACACAUAGUAACAAUCUAUUCCAGAUUACACAAUGGUAACUAGAUGGGAAGAAAUGCUGAUAGUAUAAACCACUGCAGUGAGCUACUGCAAGGGGUGGGAGGGGGACUGGGCAAGAGGAUGAAACUCUCUGGAUUUCUGGACAGCAGUGUGUAACCUUGUAAUACUCCCGUUAAAGAUUCUGAAAUUCUAAGGGGAGCUGAAAAAUAGGGAGUGUUUGUAUGGGAUGUUUGACUGUUCAAAGCUUGUAUAAUAUGAUGAGGAUUUUAGAAAUGUAUAGUAAGUGAAAAAUGGGUUGAAACUGCAAUAUGGAUUUAAGCAACAAGUAUACACCACAGGUGAUAGGUUUGCAAAUCUGAGGAAGAAGAAAAUGAAAACAGGCAAAAAAAUUCAACUUGCUUUUUGUUUUUUCUUCUCAACAUGUCUCUGGUUGAUUUUAUUUUUUCCUUCUCCUGACCACAGGCAAAUGUCAACUCUUUUUUAAAAGAGGGGUGAAGUCUGUGCACCAUAGGUGAAAAGCUUGAAGGCUGCUUACAGAAUGCAAGGCAAAUCCACUUGGAAGUGGAGCCCUGCUUAAGUCACACCUGACUAGGUAGUUUUAAAUUAGAACCAAAUGAAUUACAGUUGAAGGGGAGGGAAGGAGAAUGACUGGAAGAAUUACUAGGCCUGACAAGGAAAAUGAGUGUUUGAUGGUACGAGCUACGAUACUUUGCUAGGAAAGGAAAGCACUGUAUUCCUUAUAUGAAGCACAUAUAUGGUAUCUUUCAUUAUUUAUAAUAAAAGUGUUGAAAUCUUUUAUCUCAGUUCAUUUAUUCAGAAGUCCUGUACUUAGGGGUUUGUUUGUUGUUUUUUUUUUAAAAAAUUUUGUAAUUGUGUACACCAUAUAUUGCAUUACUGCUAUACGUGUAUUGCUUUGUAAGUACACAAAGUUUGUUUUGUUUUUUAGUGACUAAUAAAACUUUAGCACACAAGGUAGUACUAUUCUGGUGCAGGAUAUGACUAGUGAUGGGGAUGGUUAAUCUAGAUUAACAUCAUAGUCUGUCAGGUGGGAAUAAUCUGAUUUUAUUAUAGAAGUAUGUCAUAUCUUUUGCCAAAUUUUCCUCAACUGUGACAUGCUAAUUUACGUUUUUAUUUAGCUUCACUAGCAUUAUUUUGCCACCUUUUAUUUGUAUUUAUAAAAAUGUAUUAUCAUUACGUUGGACUGUUGUGCUGAUAUAAUGUGGGUUUAACAUCAAUAAAUAUUACACAAAUA